CGCGGUAUUAGAGAUUUGGAGAUCAGCUGCAAUGCUGGUGGUUUGAUCCACAGCUAUACGUUUACUUUACACGUGAUCUUAAUUUAAUUAUCCAAAAUCGAUUCCUGCCAACACUAAUAAAGCUGUCGUAUGUUUGUUAGUGCACAUGUUAUGGAUCUUGGUUGUCGAGAUGCCUGUAGAAACUCGGGAGACACAGUUGAGCAAGAAAACCUGCAUCACAAAUACAGUAAAAGGCCCGAAACAAACAAACUGGUAGUCAGUCGCACUGUUUUUGGAAAUCUCACGAAUAGAUUACGGGAUGAGUCCGGGUACCAGGCAAGCUCGAAAUUAAAAUCUUCUGUGCUUCAUCACGGUAAAGUCAGCCAGCUUAUCAACAGAGAAACAGAUUGUUCAUUGGUAAUUUCAGCCAAGUCACAACCGUUGCGUCAAAACGAUUUGAACUCAACAUCGAGUAUUGAUAGUGGUUAUAUUAGCGUACACACUGAAUCAAUUCUUGAACAAACCAAACUUACAGCUAACUCACUAACUCAGUCAUCCCCAUGUCUAAAGCCGUUGGAUUUAAAGCAGUCACCGGUAUCCAAACGCCCUCGUUGUGAUGGAUCUGAAAUAACACAAACAGAAACAUUGGUUGUAGAUGUUGAGGAUUCAGAAGUUGACAGACGACCGUUCAAAUCCAAGCUGGCAUGUGAUAUUGUUCGGGCUGCAUUUGCUGAUCGUGUUCAGUUGGAAGAACUUUUAGCCGAAUGUAGAAGAGCUGACUUCGCCAUAUCUGCACUAGACCGCUCCCCGGUCGAUCGUAUGAUGGAAGCUACGGAUUACAUUGUUGGCAUAAUGGCUUAUGAACAGACAAGAGAAACUAAAGAUUGUUUCCAAGUGAACGAUUUUCUGAGUACUGGUAAACAGCCUAAUCUCAAUGCUGAUAUGUUGACGACACUGGCCGACUGGUUGGUAGAAGUCCAAGAAAAUUUCGCAUUAAAUCAUGAAACAAUACAUUUAGCUUGGGGUCUUUUGUAUGCAUAUUUGGAUCGUGGACAACCACUUGCUCGACGUGAAAUUCAGCUUAUGGCAUGUGCUGCAGUUAUGGUUGCAUGUAAACAUGAAGAACGUCAAAUGCCUCAACUGAAUGAAUUUUUGUACAUAACAGACAAUGCAUACACAAAGGAGGAGUUCAUUGAAGCUGAACGUCGCUUACUAACAGCGAUCGAUUUCGCUGUACAUCGUCCAAACCCCUAUGUUUUCUUGCGUCGUUAUGCUCGGGUUUUAGAUGCUCAUAGUGGGACUGUUCAAUUCACAUCACGAUUUCUUCUGGAGGCGGGUAUGCAUAGCCAUACUAUUAGCUUAAAGCGUGAAUCACGUAAAGCUGCAGCUGUAUUAUGGCUUGCUCGAGUCGUUCUUCGUAAUCCGUCCUAUGCAGACUGGACACGUAGAUCCGAUGUGCAUCAAUUGAGGCAGUUGAUACAAAACAAUCCUCAUGCUCAAGCUUACUAUGCAUACUGUCGAAGUCAGAAUUCUAAAAUAAGUAACCCUAAAAAUAAUCCUCGAUCAAAGUUAGAACAAAUCGCUGAUUCGAAUUCAGAUUCAUCGAAAUCGCCGUACGAUCUGUCUGCUUCCAGCUCGUGCGACUUUGAUUGUUUCCAGUCCAAACCUACUGAAAAGCCUCCUGUCAGUUUAUUCAAAACCUAUGAUGCUUUUAGCGAAUCACUAAGUUUGGAGAAAUGUGUCAAAUUCUCAGCACUUACGCACUCACCUGAUUCAACACCCAGUAAUAUGAGUCACCCUGUUUCGUCAAGUGUUGUAGAAUCAUUUUCUGAAAGUCAUUGGUUGGAUAGAUUUGACUCUUCUAUCAAACCUGACCUCGAAGCAAUGCAGUUAGAAGAAGAACAACGACAACCUUUGUGGCCUCCUAUUCUGGAGCAUAUAACCGGUUACAAGGAAGCAGACCUUAUCCCUUUGGCUUUACGUUAUCAUGCGAUAGCGCUAAGACUAAUAGCUGAAGUCGCCCGUGGAGGACGUUUGGCUAUGGCCGCUGCCGAUGUCCCUACUAAUCUAAGUGUUAAACAGCCGAAUGACGGAAGUGGGCAUGCUGAUGAAUUUGAUGUGGAAGAUGCUUCAAGUCCACAAAGUUCACGUUGUGUAUCACCAGGUGGUCAUUAUUUGCGUCGUCAAUCUGUCAGCAAAUACUGUUCUAGUGCAUUUUGAGUGUUGCUGAUGCCUAUCCUCAGUUGGCAUUCGACAAUUUCGUUCCCUAUUUCCCAUCUAUCCAAUGUUCAGAAACAUGUCAGUGUUUUGUUUGUGUCAAUCUCAUUCGUCAACCUAAUUGACAACAGCACUUACAUAACACGGAAAAAAAAAUGUAGUCGAUGUUUUUUCUUCUAAAUGCAUAUUUCAUGGAUGUAGAUGCGUCUUUCGUAUGUUUAUAUAUCCUAUUUAUCUGUUUUUAUCGUUUAGCGGAAUUAUUUCUCUUCACUAUAGACUAUUUGUGGAUUACUAGUGAUUUUUUUUAUCAACUAAUUUUUUCAUACUGAAAUAGGUAUAUGCUCUCUUCAUUUCUUAUCUCCUUUUAAUAAUUUCAACUAAUAUGAUGAAAUAAUACUAACUAAUAAUGAGUACUAUUACAUGCAUACAGUCAAACGCAUAUUUAUUUUAUCGUGAACUACCUAAAACAUUGGAAUCAAGAUAAAUCAGUGGGUUGAACAACAGCAGUUGUAAUAGCAGGUUAUACAGGAUUGAUAUGUUUUCACAAUCAGAAAUCUUGUAUAACCUGCAAGUACAAUUUCUAUUGUUCAACCCACCAAUUUAUCUUGAUUCCAAUGCUUUAGGUAGUUCACGAUAAAAUAAAUAUGCGUUUGACUGUAUGCAUAUAAUAGUAUUUAUUAUUAGUUAGUAUUAUUUUAUCAUAUUAAUUGAACUUAUUCAUUUUAUCCUAACUAAAUUGUGUCUAUUUAAUGAUUGUAUAAAUAUAUGUGAAAAAUGUUUCUUUUACUUGGUGUUGUUGUUCUCCUUCUGUAGUUGAUUUUUUGAUUCUAAAAAGCUG